GAACAGGGGGAGAACCUACGGACCUACUCGUAUAAAUACGCCCCGUCUGGAAUUGAUUGCCAUCAAAUCGUCAGCAAAUUGACCAGCGAACAUGUUAAAGGGACUCGUACUCGUGCUAGGCUUUUUUGCGGUCCAGGCCGCCGUUAUCCGUAACGAGGGGAAUCCGGGCCCAGAUCCCCUGCUGCCAGAAGCCACCACCGCUGCGGUUAUCCUGGAUCAGCAGGAGGAGGGCGUCACCACCACCGAGGAGACAAGCACUUUGGCCACUCCCGCUCUCAGCCGCGACGAGGAGGCCAGCAUACUGAUUGAUCCCGCUCCGGGAACUUUGCAGGAGGAUGUGCCAUCCACUGUCCAGAAGUCCGGCAAGCUGUUGCUACUAAGCACACCGCCCAAGAGACACCACGAAAUCGAACGGGAGCUGGAGGAGCAGGACGAGGAUGAGGACAAGGCCGGCGAUGAGCCAACCACAACUGAGCAGCCCAAGGAUAAUGAGCAGGAGCAACAGAAGCAGGAGAAGGUUCAGGAGGAGGAGAAGAAGGAGGAGGAGGCUAGUGCGACCACAGAAAGCAGCACCACUCCGGCCACAACCAGGCUGUUUGCCAUUGAUGCCAGUCCGGCGGAAAAGGACUCUUCGUCCCCCAACGUCGCCAUAUCCCUCUCCCAGGACAAUGCCACCAUCUCGAUUGCCGAGCAGCCGCAGGUACCCGGCGACAAUAAUGCCGCCGUGGAGCUGGCCCUCGUGGAGCCGGAGGCGGAGUACGUCCUGCUGGAUGACGGCGAGCUUCAUGACGAGCUGGACCUGCAGCUGGGCAGCUUCACGCACAUUGACAGCGAUGUCCGCUUGCAGCCGGUGGUGCACUCCGUGGAAAUCGUGCCCACCAGCCUUGAUGAUCCUUUGAUUGUCAAUUACGUGCACAAUUUGCGAUGACUCGGCCC